GGCCCUCCUUCCUCCUUAACGGAGGACCAGCAACCGCAGAAGGGGCGGUGAAGCAGCCGCCGUUGGCUCGGCAGCACCGCGGUGCCGGCCCCGCGAUGCCUAAUGGUGCCUGACGGCCAGGGAGGCGGGGCCGGAGGAGGUCGGAGAACGGCUCUGCGGGACGAGAGUUGGGACCAUGGCUAUUGACUGGAUUGGUUUUGCAUAUGCUGCAUUGCUGGCUGUUGGAGGUGUUGUAGCAUACACUCGUAAAGGUAGUAAAAUCUCUUUAGCUGCUGGUCUCACCUUUGGUUCUGUGGCUGGUUAUGGAGCUUACUGCAUAACACGUGAUCCGAGAAAUGUGAAGAUAUCAUUGUUUUCAUCUUUUCUUUUGACCAUUAUAAUGGGAAUGAGGUUCAAGAGGUCCAAGAAAUUAAUGCCAGCCGGACUAGUAGCAUGCCUGAGCCUUCUGAUGAUAUUGAGGCUUGUUUUGAUGCUGCUCUAGGGCAAUUUGGCAGCAUCAGAACUGAAGUACGAUUGCCACACCCACUGAACAAACAGGCAAGCUCUUCAUACUUGAAAGACAAGUUUGAACACAAGUCUUAAUUACAUUGCAUUUAUCUUUUCUGUAGAAGGUCUGUACCUGUUAUUUGAUUAUUGACAUUUGCUGAUAUUUUGCAAGCUUUUUAUUAAACUAAAACAGGUGGCUUGUUGAUAAUAGAUUUUGAUCUACUUCUGUUUAAGCACUCUGUUAACUCAAGGGAUCUUUCUCUGUAAGUCUUAUCUCUUUAGGGGUGCUGGGCACCCCAAGAAAUUGAGUUAGUCUUGUACUAUAUCUCUGAGAGAAGGAUAUAUAUAAAUACAUGUUUUGCUAAAAAGGUAUAUUGUAUUGAACCAUAAUUUUUUAGCUUCUGAGAUUAAUUAAUUAAUUCUAAUUGCACUGUCAAUUACUAAUCAGUACAGGCUUGGGCCUGUGCUAUGUUGCACUGGAAAACCCACCUUCCUUUCAAACACAGUUUCUUACCCUACUGUUUCUAAAUGUAAAAACUAUUAUCAGUAUUCAAAUAAAAUGCAAAAUCCUUGAAA